CAAGAAGGUCCGGUUCGACACGGCGGAGCCGGAGAGCGUCCGGUUCAUGGCCCGCGAGAUGCGCAUCCUCCGCCGGCUCGACCACCCCAACAUCAUCCGCCUCGACGGCAUCGCCACCUCCCGCAUGCACCGCAGCAUCUACCUCGUCUUCGAGUUCAUGUACUCCGACCUCUCCCGCCUCAUCUCCCGCGCCGACGUCCCCCUCACCCUCCCCCAGGUCAAGUGCUACAUGCAGCAGCUGCUGGCGGGGCUGCAGCACUGCCACGAGCGAGGGAUCCUGCACCGAGACAUCAAGGGAUCCAACCUUCUCAUCGACCAGCGCGGCGUGCUCAAGAUCGGCGACCUGGGCCUGGCCAACUACUACGGGCCCGGUCGGCGCCGCCCGCUGACCAGCCGCGUGGUGACGCUCUGGUACCGCGCACCCGAGCUGCUUCUCGGCGCCACGGACUACGGCGUCGGCAUCGACCUCUGGAGCGCCGGCUGCCUCCUGGCGGAGAUGUUCACGGGAAAGCCGCUGAUGCCCGGCAGGACCGAGGUGGAGCAGCUCUUCAAGAUCUUCAGCCUCUGCGGCUCCCCGCCCGACGACUACUGGCGGAAGAUGAAGCUCCCGGCCAGCUUCCGCCCGCCCAAGGCGUACAAGUCGAGCAUGAUGGAGAGGUUCGCCGGCUUCCCGCCGUCGGCGCUGCCCCUCCUACACACGCUCCUCGCGCUCGACCCCGCCGCCCGCGGCACCGCUGCACAGGCGCUCCAGAGCGACUUCUUCACUACGGCGCCAUUGCCGUGCGACGUCUCUGAGCUCCCUGUGGUGUACAAGGAGGAGACUCCGGAUCCGAGCACCUCUCACGACGGAAGGAAGCCCAAGCUGAGACAGCGUUCAAGCAAGCGAAGGGAAAGCAAGCAGAGAGCUGAGCAGGAGCAGCGUGGGGACGAACCCAAGAUCUCCAACGCUGAAUAUCCCAACAAAAAGAACGAGAUAGCCAUGGAGGGCACAGCAAGAUCAGGCCAAGAAAGAGAAGGCAUCAACGCCGCAAUCGCCUCCUCCAGCGUCCAAGAACCAGCCGAGAACGCCAUCGUCAACGCCUUUGCCAGCACGACCCCAAGACGGUUUUCAGGUAGUCCAAUUCAGGGGUUGCUACCUGCCGCUUCACCAGAGCAGCCGCAGCUGCGGAGGGCAAACACAUACCACUCGACCGGCGACGACAACAAGGGCGGCGUCACCCUCGCUCACCGCAGCAUGGCGAUCAGAUCGGCGACGUGAUCGGUGCUGUCACCGCGGCACAGACAAACACCAGCUGUGAUCGGUGUCAUCACAACGGCACAGACAAUCACCAACAAGCAUUUCGUUGUUACUGAUCGUUGUGGGUUUUAGCAGAUGACUGUAGCAGGAACUGUUCAUGAUACUACUGUUGCUGCUGAUUUGCUGUAACUGAACUCGCUGUUGUUUCAGUUGAGAAAUCCCUGAUUUGUAGAACUGCGACGCAGUUCAUAUAUCAAUAAAUCACCAUUUCAGAAA